ACAGAGAAAAAGAAAAGUUAAAACUACAAAGUGUUUGAACUUAGUGGGAAGUGAACUCAGCUCUGCCACCGACGCAUGCGUGUUGGGCCAGUUAGCGAAAGCGUUUUCUGUUUUUCACAAGUUUCUAGUCGAUAGCCGUUAUAGUUUAUGACAUUUUCUGUAUUUGGUAUACGUGAAAUUAAAAUAGAGAGAGAUUAAGUGGUCAUGGCGCAAGAAAAACUUAGGAAAGAAGAAACUCUUGCAAUGAGGAAUAGGCUAAUCGGCCAGUCAUGUAGACUGUUUUAUUCAGAAGACCCAGUGAAAAUAGUAAGAGCACGAGGACAGUAUUUAUUUGACGAAAAUGGCAAACGCUAUUUGGACUGUAUCAGUAACGUCCAACAUGUGGGUCAUUGUCACCCCGCUAUCACAAAGGCGGCAGCGGCUCAAAUGGACGUCCUGAACACAAAUUCAAGAUUCCUGCAUGACAACAUAGUCCUGUAUGCUGACCGCCUGGCUGCUACCCUGCCCCAGAAACUGUGUGUCUUCUACUUUGUCAACUCUGGUUCAGAGGCCAACGAUCUUGCCCUACGCUUGGCACGUCAGUACACCCAACAUGAAGAUGUCGUAGUUCUUGACCACGCAUACCAUGGGCAUCUAAUGUCUCUCAUCGACAUUAGCCCUUACAAGUUCCGGAAACUGGCGGGACAGAAAGAAUGGGUUCAUGUGGCACCUCUACCAGACACCUACAGAGGUAUAUACAGAGAAGAUCACCCCGACCCAGGCCAAGCAUAUGCUGACACAGUAAAAGACCUUAUAGAGGAUGUGCACAAAAAAGGCCGUAAGAUCUCAGCCUUCUUUGCUGAAUCCCUGCCUAGUGUCGGUGGACAAAUAAUCUUGCCCCAAGAAUACUUUCCUAAAGUUGCAGAAUAUGUGCGCUCAGCUGGUGGCGUGUUUGUGGCAGAUGAAGUGCAGACAGGUUUUGGGCGUGUGGGACAUCAUUUCUGGGCUUUUCAGCUUCAGGGAGACAAUUUCUGCCCAGAUAUAGUGACCAUGGGCAAACCGAUGGGCAAUGGGCAUCCCCUGGCAUGCGUAGCAACCACUGCAGAGAUAGCUGGAGCUUUUACAGCCAACGGAGUGGAGUACUUCAAUACGUUCGGCGGGACUCCAGUGUCAUGUGCAAUUGGCCUAGCAGUCCUUGAUGUGAUCGUGGAGGAAGACUUAAGAGGAAAUGCUGUGAGGGUCGGAGCCCACCUUAAAGAUUUGCUCACAAAACUAAAAGCACGACAUGAAAUAAUUGGAGAUGUCAGAGGUGUUGGACUAUUUUUGGGAAUUGAGCUGGUGACUGACAGAGAGAAGAAGACUCCUGCCACAGAAGCUGCAGCGCAUGUGGUCAAGAGGCUGAAGGAGGAGGAUCAAAUAUGUGUCAGUACUGACGGCCCAUGGGAGAAUGUCUUGAAGUUUAAGCCUCCCAUGUGCUUCGGCAUGGAGAAUGCAGAGCUGGUGGUGCAAUGUAUUGAUCGCAUCCUUACAGACAUGAAAGCCAGUGACCUCAAACUGGAAAAGGAAGACAUCUAAGAUCAUACCAGUCACCUCUCUGAUGAGACCCCACAGACUGGAGGUAAACACUACAAGCCAUAACAUAUCAUUGCCACCUGGGAAAUGUAAUCUACCAGAAGAUGACACUUUGAAAUUCCACAGUUUAUAAUAUAAAAUAAAUUUUAAAAAAUGACAAAUAAAAUUGUUUUUUACUGUAAUCCUGGUUCUUGUAUUGUUUUUCUGCUGACAGCAGUUCACAUAAUCAGCUGUGACUUAACACUGAUUGGCAACAUGUUCUUAAUACACAGCAUAUUAGAGUUAAGCACUUACCAGAUAACUAUAACUCCCGGACACAUUCACAAAAAAUGCUCAAGUAUUGCAGUUUAACAUCUAGUGGGGUGGGUAUUACACUCAGCAAGUUAUCCUGCAAGUAGUGAAGCCCUCUCCCACAGCUUCCCGUGGAGAUGUUAACAUUACUUGAGACAAAACAAGCAAGCCAGUUAACAGUACAAAAACAUUUAACGUUAACUUUACAAAUAAUAACAGAAAGAUCCAUGUGUAAUAUAAACCAAAAGUUUAUUUCUACCAAUUUGCCAAAGACACUAGAGGAAUGAAUUUCCAGUGAGAGAGGGAAUACCCUCUUACAUUUAACAGGCUUGCGUUCAGUUGAAUAACACUAGUAAAGCCACUUAAAAAUUGCAGACAUGAUGGGGGAAGAAUCUCCUUAAAAGCCAAAAUAACAAAAAAAACAAAAAACAAAUUGCUGGUUGUCUUUGUCUACAAGGCCUUCUGCAAAUAUUUAUUUGACACUCUUACAAAGAAUCCUUUGAUUAGUUUAAAUCCUUUUUUUUUUUUUUUUUUUAACCUCACCCCACAUCUGAAGCCAUGCAACUCACAUCCAAAACUCAGCAUGGGAGAAUAUAACAAAAUCUAUAAACACCAAAACAAAAUGAGGAAACAAAACAAAA